CAGUUGUUAUCUUUUGGCGAUAAGGCUACUCGAACCCUUGGCGGGGAGCCCGGCAGCAGCUGGGCCUCUGCCCAUUACUCCACUGGCACGUUCGUGAUUACAAGUCCCGAAGCGCUUGCUGCUGGCCCUUCUACUCCGCAUAAUCUUUUUUGUCUUUCCUUUCCUUUCCUUUUCAAUCUACCUGUCCUGACGUCCUCUUCGGAACAGGAUUCUUUGUCCCGCACGGGCUUCUUUCUGCUUGCGGCGAUUGUGCCAAUGGUAAGGAUAAGAAAGCCCGCUACAUGGCAGAUACCAUCACGAUUCCUUCCCCGCGUGUAUUUUUGACAGGCUCUCCUAUCGAAUCCCACAGUCCUCCGAAGCCGGCGCCGUCGCAAAAACCGAAGCAGACCAGGAAGCGCAACCCAGCCGCUGCGAAGCCGAAGACUGCAAGCGACAAACCGGGCGACGCUGCAGCUGCCAGUGGUGUUGACAAGAAGAAACAGACGAAAAGCAGAAAUGGCUGCGUAACUUGCAAGGCGAAGCGAUUGAAAUGCGACGAGACGAAACCUACUUGCCAGCAGUGCGCACGACGAAACGUUGAAUGUGGUGGAUAUAGGAAGGACUACAAGUGGCGACCAUUCGGCGAAACUAGUUUUGUGACCACUACAACGUACAGCAAGCCGCAGGCUGCUUCAAAACCCAAGAAAGACGCCGGGACAGAAGCAACCCACCAUGAGCGCUCCGAACAGUCUGAAUCUCCACGAGAGGAGCAGACAGUCGUCGUGCGCACCGUGCAGCGGGUGCGACCUACCGCCGUCCAAGGACCCGAGCUGAAAAUUGCACAACGGUCGAGUGAGCCGGUACAGGCCACUGAGCAGAUCAUAACCUCACCGUCGGAAGAUCUAGAUCUAGAUCUUGCGCCAGGUGUUUUUGAAUUCGAGGAUAACCUGUCACUUCAAGACCUGCAAGAUGCUGGUAACAUAGAACUUGCUCUGGAUUCGGACGGCAUGCUGCAACAACCUGUGACCAGCUUGCCCGCGAUGACAUCAGGUCAAUCUUCGCUAUCACUGUCAUUGUCCGAUCCGUCUGAUCCUUUGGUAGCGCUUGAUGACCCCAUGAAUCUGGAGCCCAACAUGCUUCUAGGCACAAGUUCGUCUACAGCAUCCAUUACUCCUCUGUCGGUGCAGGAUACCCAGUUCUUUCUGGAGGGAGAUGAAGAUAUCGAAGAAGUUGUCAGGACAAACUAUCCCAAGGUUGAAAACGUGACCUGGGACAUGGUGCCCAUGCUGCCGGAGUCCUACAACUCGUCAGUCUCAUCUGUGUCACCAGGGUCCAUGUUCUCGAUGUCAGACAUGUUCUCAAUCCCUCCAAGUAUCGACAUGGCUAUCAACAGCCCGGAGACCAUGACCCUCCGCUUUGACAAGCAGACAUGCGGCAUUCUGUCCGUUAAGGACGGUCCGUCGGAAAAUCCUUGGAGGACAAUGAUAUGGCCCCUCGCGCGGGACAGUCCCGCUUUGUAUCACGCAAUCGCCUCGAUGACCAGUUUUCACACGUCAAAGUACCAGCCAGAGCUUAGAUUGCAGGGCAUCGAACACAUGAGGAGCAGUAUUGAAGCGUUAGCUUCGGGCAUAGAAAACAUGCAGUUCGACACGGCCAUUGCGACAACGUUGGCGUUGGCGUUUGCGGAGUCAUGGGACCAGCACACUUCGACAGGCAUUAAUCAUAUUCGAGGCGCCAAGGUUCUUGUGAAUCAAGCACGUAACUGGCAUGGUCGCAAGGCGUUCUCCGGCCCGAAACUAGAGAGGUUAAAGUUUCUCACGAACGCUUGGGUUUAUAUGGAUGUUCUUGCUCGUUUGACGUCGAACGAUGACGACGAGUCAAAUGAUUUCGACGCGGUGCUCUCAAAUCCGUUCGUUACCGGCCCAUUUGGAGAGGAAACUAACAUCGAUCCUCUGAUGGGAGCGGCAUCUACCCUCUUCCCAAUUAUUGGAAGGGUUGCAAACUUGGUGCGAAAGGUGCGAAGGAUCGAGCGCAAUUCGCCCACGAUCAUUUCACAGGCUAUGGAGCUCAAGAAGAUGCUCCAAGGAUGGGAGCCUCCCGUGGUCGAUGAAACGAUCGAAGAUCCGUCCGUUGAGAUUGAACACAGCAUUCAGACCGCAGAAGCCUAUCGUUGGGCAACAUUGCUGUAUCUGCACCAGGCUGUUCCGGAGAUUCCGUCUGAAUCAUCCGCAGAACUGGGAAAGAAAGUUAUGAUUCUACUGGCGACAGUGCCGCUCAGCUCUCGGACCGUCAUCGUGCACAUCUUUCCCUUGAUUGCGGCUAGUUGCGAAGCUGUUGACCCGGAGGAUCGUCAGUGGGUGCACGAGCGAUGGAGCUCAAUGGCCCAGCGAAUGAAGAUCGGUGUUAUCGACCGCUGCGUUGAGGUUGUGAACGAAGUCUGGUCGCGGAGGGACACAUAUGAACUUCUGCCGGCGAAGAGACCACCAGGUAUCAGAAGGAGUAGCACCAUGGAUGUUGACAUGACAAGCGGUGCGGAUCCUUCAUUCCCCUGGUCGGAUCCUUUCACAAAUAGAAAGCGGCGAGCCACAAAUGUUGCCUUUGAUAUGCUUCGUGAUUCGACCAUCAAUAGACCUCGAAAGGCGAGUCGUUGUAACAGCGGCCCAAUAGAUCACGAAUUUACAGUGAGGGGACGACUGCAUUGGCUUAGUGUUAUGAAGGAAUGGGGAUGGGAAGUACUUUUGGGAUAAAAAAAUUUUUUUUUCUGAUUGAAAAUGAGGUGUAUUGGAUAUUCUCAGACUUUUUUAUGUCUGAAGAACGGUUCGAAUGUGGUUUAGCAUGGCGCUCGGUCUUUGUUAAUGAGCUAUGGUUGAGUGCCACGAUUUACGGGGCUAUGAACAAAUGGAUAUCAAUCUUGCGCUAGAUUUGUAUCCUGAGUCACGGUUGGGCGAUAUCUAUUGUCAGAUUCCGAACUUCGUUUCCUGAAAUUGAUAUGGUGGUGUGAUA